AUGUUAAGCUACUGUUUUGUCCUCACGGUGCGCUUGGAGCGCGAAGGCCCGGCAGUGGCGGCCUGCGUUGGUUUGACAAUAUCAGCAGCCUCAGAUGUAGGCAGAAUUGAUUCCGAGACAUGGACUCUUCGUAAAACGGGGAAGAAGAAAGUUGAUGCGUUGGAAAUGUGGUGCUGGAGACAGAUGCUAGGAAUAUCGUCGACAGAGUUUCGUACAAAUUAUUCCAUAUUAAAAGAUCUAUGCAUCAGACAGCGCCUAUCAACCACAGUGCAAUUACGCAUUCUGACCUUCUUCGGUCAUGUAUCUCACCGUGGUAAUGACUCCAUAGAGCGUCUCGUAGUGCAGGGAAAAGUGGAAGGCACCAGGCCACGUGGUAGAUCACCAAUGAGAUGGACAGACCAGAUCAAGGCCGCAACUAAGUGCUCAGUUUACGAAUGUACCCGGAAAGCUACAGUCCGCGACGAAUGGCGCCGUAUUACCAAAAACCUCACUCAUCUUGAUUCAAAAUAUUGA